UUUUCAGUACAACGAAUGCAUAAAGUCAUAAAAAAACAAGGAAACUAUUAUACAGAUAAAAACGAGUACACGAGCCUGAUGGACGGUCACGUUGCAGAGUCUCGUUCAGAUGACCUAAGUUUGGUCAAUGAACGGCGAAAGAGACGAUUAAGAGUAGAAAAUGAACAGUCAGGAAUUGGAGUUCCUCAGGUAGAAACAAGAUCUGCAACGAAUUUAAGAGAGUACGGUACAUCUGUAUUUGCUUGUAGCUCUUCACGACGAAGACAUUUUAGAUAUAAUGAAGAAGAAGAAUUAAAAUAUGGAGCGGCACAUGUCAUUAAACUGUUUGUACCUGUUUCUCUUUGUAUGCUAGUAGUAGUGACUACAAUCAGUUCUGUGACUUUUUACACGAGUAAAGGAAUGUACCUAGUUUACACUCCGUUUCAUGAAGAUAGCCCUGAUACAAGUACAAAAGUUUGGCAGGCAUUUGCCAAUUCUUUAAUACUCAUAAGUAUCAUAGUAUGCAUGACCGUGAUACUUAUUAUCUUAUAUAAAUAUAAAUUUUACAAAGCAAUACACUUAUGGUUAAUUAUAAGUUCCUUAUUAUUGCUAUCAAUGUUUUCUGUGCUUUAUUGCGAGCAAGUUCUAAAAACAUAUAACAUUCCAAUGGAUCUAUUUACAUUAGGAAUAGUUUUAUGGAAUUUUGGGAUGGUUGGAAUGAUAUGUAUUCAUUGGCAAGGUCCCUUACAACUUCAACAAGCUUAUUUAAUAUUCAUUUCUGCUUUGAUGGCUCUUGUUUUUAUUAAGUAUUUACCCGAAUGGACAGUAUGGGCAGUUUUAGCUGUAAUAAGUAUUUGGGAUUUGAUAGCUGUUUUAUCACCAAAAGGACCAUUAAGAAUUUUAGUGGAAACGGCACAAGAAAGAAACGAAUCGAUUUUCCCAGCUCUCAUAUACUCUUCAACGAUUUUGUAUACGUUUGUAAACACUGUAACUUAUGCUGGAUAUGUACAAGCAACGACAAUGACAGCGACAACAGAUUCUACGGAUCAAGAAACAACUGUGCCUUCUGACACAGGAACGGAUGAGCAAAAUAAUCCUGCAUCAGGAGAUGCAGAAGAAGGUGGUUUCACACUCGAAUGGAUAGAAACGCAUGGGGAUCGUAGUGCGAGACGUGCUCAAGAAGUGCUUGAAAAUGCGGUACCAUCGACAGACGAUUCUAGACUACCUCAAAAUCUUCCUGCGGAAACACAGGCUCAGCAAAUCCCUAUUGUUCAAGAGGAACGUGGUGUCAAAUUGGGCCUUGGUGAUUUCAUAUUUUAUAGCGUACUUGUUGGAAAAGCAUCAAGUUAUGGCGAUUGGAAUACAACUUUAGCAUGCUUUGUCGCCAUACUCAUAGGACUCUGCUUGACACUGCUACUUUUGGCGAUAUUCAAGAAAGCAUUACCUGCAUUACCAAUCUCCAUUUCUUUUGGUUUAACAUUCUACUUUGCUACAAGGGUUAUCGUAGCACCAUUCGCAGAUAAUUUAGCCAGUGUGCAAGUCUUCAUUUAAUUCUAUGUCUGAUAAUGAUCUUUCGGAAGAACUUGAACAGAGCGAUAUGAUGAUAUCCUUGCACACUCCGAACACAACGAUAAUAAAAUAAUCGAAAGAUAUUAGAUCUGCGCAAAGAAGUGGAAAUUAUUAAUAGAGCGAUAUGACGAUACUUCUGUGGUAAUAAUAAUAAAAUAUUUAAUGUUACUAAUCAAAUAAAAUAACUUCACGAUAUUAAAUCUGCGUAAAGGAAAUUAUUGAAUUAAUACAAUUCUCAGUCAGUAAUUAUCAGUCAUGAUCGAAUAAAGAAGAAGUAAAAGAAAAUGAUAAUAGCGAGAUGUAAAUCGAAUUUUUUUUUUUUUUUUUUUUUUAAA